CUUGGGGGCCGUUACAGAUCCGUCAGCCUCAUAUCCAGACGUGUUUCACUUGUUGCCCAGCGCACGUCUUCUCUAUUCACAAACUCGAUAACCCGAGUCGGCUCCGACAUCGGAAAGCCACAUCAUAACAUAUCCACACGAAACAUAGCUUUUUGCUUGAAUUGUAGCAACAACUUGAUUUGAAUCACAACAGCUUCAUUAUCAGGCAUCAAUACUGUCAUUCAUUAACUUAUUUAUCGAUACCAUCUCUUUGUAUCGUACCCAUACUUUCAUCAAUUUCCUAUUAUAGCACUGUUUUUAUCAUUCCCACUAUGAAUAUCAUGAAUGUCCAAAGCUUGCGGAACUUGAUAGCGCUCAGGACAAGAAACAUCUCCAAAAGGAUCCAGCGGGCCCUCCAAGAGCUCAGUGAAAACCUAGCCAACGAGCAGCCACAACCCCAGGCAGUGCCUAUACCUGUUCGUGCCAGAAACCCUCGUCAAUUUAGAGGUGGCCAGCUGAACUUCUAUCGCUUCUAUGGGUCUUUUACUGGCUUUGGAGCUGCUGGAGCGCAUUCUGGAGGUCCCAAUUGGGCGUUCCACAAGCUCAACUCGAACAACUAUACGUUUUUCAACAAACACAAGAUGUUCUCCAAGUUCUACAAUACGAGCAAUCACGGCAGCUCCAAGAUCUUCAGCAAGUUGCAUCAUGGCUCUAUGUUCCACAACUUUUCGCUGGCAUACCAGUCGAGUUUCAGAUUGAAGCUCUAUCAGCAGAACGUAAGGCUCACGUAUCGAACGCUCCUCUGUCAGUUCAAAGACAAGUUCAAUACGAACAACCUAGAGAAUAGCCGGAAAGGUAAUCUAUUCAAGUUCAAUCCUUCCAAAAACAUCAACCACACUAUCAGAUUAAACUUGUCGUUGACUCCUAACCAUCAUCAAGUCACUUUACAGUUGGCCAGAACCGACUCAUCUGCUACUCAGCAAGAAAAGAUGGAGGCUGAUCAAGUAAUUGUAGGCUGCUACAUGGAUUUCCCCAUCAGCUUCAAUUUGAACAUCCCUACUGAGACGUUGUUGAGUGAAGAAAUCAUGGACGAGAUGUUGGAUAACAUCAAACGGUUUGAGAAGCAGUUGCUGGAUUUGAAGAGCGAUUUGAAGAACCUUUUUGAGUUGGGAGAGUUGCCCAUCAAGUACAUUUCUGGAAAGAAUGUGUUGCGGGUAUUCUUUCCCAAUUGUGACAGAGCCAAGUUGGACAGUUUGUGUCGUGAAAAGAACAUCACAGGAGGAGUAAUCUAUGAAGACGUAGAAGGAAUGGGAUCUAGCAUUUCUGAACCACCUGUAGUUUCGUCAACUGCUUGUUCAGCUUCCUCUUCUAACGCAGUGACAGAAACAGAUAUCUUGAGUUCGUACUACGACUCGCAUGAGUCUCAUAACUCGACUGUUUCGUCAUUUGGCUCUGAACAAGAUUAUGAGAUGUUCAGUGAUUCAGACAUGCAUCAUCCCAUCUCCAACGAAGAGAUCGUAAGACUUGACGGUAUAGUUCCUGAGGCUGAGUUUCAGUUCCAGAUUCCACAGUUUUCUAUGGAGCCACAAGUGAACUUCAACGACUACGAUGAUUACUAUUGGGCCACGAGAUGAAGAAAUGAACUACAACGUAAAUGACAUGAUGACAUAAAUGAACAUAUUCUUGAAGAUAAACGACUUGAUAAUUGAAUUGUUAAUGUAAAAUUAACUUCAUAGCACGAUGGAUGAUGAUACAUGAAAGUAAAUUACAUUAACGCAUCACUACAUUCAUUAAUUAUUUGAUACGACGACGGUUUGGAUUUUUAUAUUGCCACUACAUAUUUAUUCACUUCUGUAGGUUAACAUUAUAUUAUUCUUUUGAAAUAUUGUAAUUGGGCGAAUUCUAUUAGUUUCAUCGU